UGGAAACUAUAAAAAAAAAUUACCGUAAACGAGUGAGUGACACGACACUUUCUAUACAAUCAGAUAGAUCUUACAUCAGAUAGAUUAACUAUAUAUCAUCAUUAAAUAAAAGAGGUAUCCUAUUAAUAACCCUACCAGGGAUACUCAUACCAUAAACAUCAAAAUAUACUUUUUAAAUUCAAAAAAACAUUCACAAAACACAGUCGUUUAGUCAUUGAUUUCAACAUCACUCAUACCCAUUAAUAUAGAAUCAUACAAUUUUCAACUCAAACUCAUAUAAUCAUAAUAUAAUCAUAAUAUGUCAGAUUGGAUUUCAACAUUCCCUGGCUAUGAACAAGUGCUAACCACAGCCAAAAAAAUAUUUGGUAAAAUAGUUCAAACUGGUCCUGUUCCAAGGCAUGUAGGGAUAAUUAUGGAUGGGAAUAGAAGAUAUGCCAGAAUAAAUAAAAUAGAAAUUAAAGAAGGUCAUAGUCUUGGUUUCGAUACUAUGGCAAGUGUAUUGGAAUUAUUAUAUGAAUCAGGUGUAGAAUGUGCUACUGUAUAUGCUUUUUCCAUUGAAAAUUUUAAAAGACUGAAUGCAGAAGUUAAAUGGUUAAUGGAUUUAGCUAAAUUAAAAUUUGAACAAAUUAAUCAACAUGCUGAUUUAUGUGAAAAAUAUGGAGUUAAAAUAAAAGUUCUUGGUAAUAAAAGGUAUAUGCCUCCUGAUGUGGCAAGAAUUUUAAGAAAAACUGAAGAAUUAACAAAAAAUAAUAAAAGAGCAACUUUAAAUGUUUGUUUCCCAUAUACAUCUCGAGAUGAAAUGGUUAAUCUGAUAAAGAGAGUGGUGGAUGAAUCAACUAAAAAUCAUGAUUUAAUAAUUGAUGAAUCAGCUAUUGAUAGACAUUUAUAUACAUCUGAUUCACCUCCAUUAGAUUUAUUAAUCAGAACUUCAGGUACUUAUCGAUUAUCUGAUUUUUUAUUAUGGCAAUGUGUUUCCCCUGAUUGUUCCUUGGUGAUAGUAGAUCAAUUAUGGCCUGCUUUCCGUCCUUGGCAUAUGGCCAAAGUUUUAUUAAAUUAUAGUUUUAAUAAAUAUUGGUUUGGUCAUGGUAAUGGAUAUACUACAUCUAAUAAGGGUAUAAAUUUAUAUCAAAGUAGUUCAGUAAUAGAUUUGAAUGAUGGAAAAUCAUCUAGUGGAUAUCAAAGAUAUGCUGAUUCAGAAUGGCCUGAUGAAGAUGAAUCAGAAGAAGAUGGAGAAAUACUCGAAGAUAUUGAAGAAGAGGAAGAAGAAGAGGAAAGUUCAGGAAACAGUAGUGGUAUAGAAAGAGAAAGAGACGAUGAAGUAGAUACAGUUACUUCCAGCGAGUCUGAUUCUAAUAAGAAGUAUUAAUUUACGUUUAGUAUAUAUAUAUAACUUUAUUUAUUUAUUUAUUUAAUUU